UGCUGCUCCCUGCCUAAACUGAGCUGCUGUCCACCUGUGCGGGAUAAUCUCCGUCCAACCAGCAGCCAGGAGACACUACAACAUCCACCGUUUGCCAGGCAGAUUACUUAAGGGUGAACCGCCGUUUGGUGGAGGAAUACGAGGGACUAAGUUGCCAUUACAGCCUCGUUUUUUUGGGGUUUUUUUUUCCGCGUGCUGCUUGUCAGCUCCUGCCAAACGUUCAGUUUGUAGGCACUGCAGCUUUUAGACUACUUUAUUCAGUGGCGCUUAGCUGUUUCUUGGCCACUCUCUCUCUCUUUUCUUUCCAUAACGGUCUGUGUUUUUGGUGAUUGUCCACACAUUUCCGCCUGCAUUUGGAAACUAAAGCUUCCGUUUGAAUUCUUUCUGCUUGCUCGCUGGCUCAAUGUUGGAGUUGUCCGAUGAGAGCGAAGCGCCUUCGCUAAGCUUGCACAUAUAGAAAGGCGGACCUAUUGCGCGCCGCACCGCUCCUUCACGCGCACAUGGGCUCAGACGCGCACGCUCACACGCACGUGCACACACGGCUGCAACUCCAGACAUGCAGCUGGUUCCCCUGUGUGUGCACACCUUAGCUUCUGAGUGCCGUUAAACUCCAGAGCUUAGCACAGAUAAGCGUUUAGCUUUCACCCAUCCAUCCUUGCCAAGUUCUUUCUGAUAUGCACAAGGGGGACACCCGCUAAAGGAAACCAUCGCAGAAACCAUCUAAAAGAUGAGAGAAAUUGGCCUCAGCGGAUUUCCCGUCGGUCACCGGAUUUGUGAGUGCAGGGUCGGGGCGGAGGGCACCGGGGAGAGAGGACAGGGAGAGGCCGGGGAGGAGGAGCUCUCAUCCGGACUGCCCGCCGCGGAACAGCCGCUGCUGCCGUGCUCAAGAAGCAGGCUGCUGCUGCCAGGGGGAGGCGGGGGGAGGAUGAAGAGUGCCUCAGUCUGAAAUUAUAACACUCAGCUGGCUUUGGGAGUGUUUGUUUUCUUGCAUUUUACCUCUCACUAAUUAGUCUGAAGAUGCGAGAUAACGAACAGUGGCCUACUUAAUAACUGUCAUCCGUUCUCUCACCGGUGUGGCACUUUUGGGUCAGCUUAAAGGUAAAUUCAGCACUUUGUUGAAGUGAAGGCCUGCAGUUGUGAAUUUACCUGUUCAGUGGCUUUUGAAAGGACAUCCUCCCACUUUACUAAUUUCAACUUUGUGAUUUUCUUUUCGUAUUAGUUUAAGGUGUUUGUAGUAAUAUAAGUCAGACCUAUACAGAAUAUCCUAUUAUCAUUAUAAAGGGACGUCUAGUGUGUCUGUGAUACUCAGUAGUGGGUUUAUAGUCGCUAUAUUGGACUUAAUGGUCAUUUCUAUCUCUUCAAUAUUACUAGGAUACAGUAUUUCUUUAGAAUAGCCAAUAUAAAUACAUAGUUUAUAAUUUUCUGUGAUAAUUAAAUAGUAUUGUAUUUAUAUUUAUUAUAAGAUCACUAAAAUUCCUUUUGUACUCCCAUAUAUGUAGAUACCUUGAAGGAGCCCUGUUUCCAGGUGCCUUGAUAGUGGAGGUUGGCAAUUCAUCAUUUAUUAACCUACCGAACUGUCUAUGAAUUAUCAGAAGUCAUGAUAUGAUUUAAGGCCAACAUGGUAGUGUUUUUGCUGUAUUGGGCUUUUGUAGUGCAAUUUCAAGUUCUCUUGCUUCGUUUUAGUUCGAGUCCUCUUGAUUCCUUUUUUCCUAGGCUGAUUUGAGCACUGACUUUUUUAGCAAUACUCCUCUGUCUGGAACUCGACCACAGCCUUAUAAACCCACCAGAAGAUGGUCACCUGCUUAUCAAACAGUAUGACAAGCACAUGUGUGUCCUAACACUCGGUGGCAGAUGCUGUUUGCAGAUACACCAACACGCUCAGUUAUUUAUAGACAUUAAUAUCACUGUGUGCUUUUGGAGUAUCAGUUCAGAACAAGUGCCGAUGCUCGACGGAAUGUAACCCAAUCUACGGAGCUUCAGAAGUUUCAGUCAGACGCAGAGACUUGGAGGAAUACAGGCUGAACUCAUCUUUAAUAGCAGCUGGCAGCAGCUGACUGUGGGGGUCACAGACUGUACACUGGAAGUGCAGAGACACUGUCUUUAGAAGUUUGGACACAAAGCACAAGAGCCCCACCUGAUCUAGAUCAUCGCGCCCGGCGGAAGAGCAUAGCCACCGGGAAGCAGCCCAGCAUGGAGGUCCCUCCCACUGCCCCCCUUCAACCCUUCCGACAAUCCAGUUUCCUCAGUAGAAGGUUGAAGGGCUCAAUCAAGAGGGCCAAGAGUCAGCCCAAACUGGACCGAACUAGCAGUUUCCGCCACAUGAUCCUCCCCCGCUUCCGCAGUGCUGACCAAGACAGGACCCGUUUGAUGCAGAGCUUCAAAGAGUCCCACUCCCAUGAGUCCCUGCUUUCUCCCAGCAGUGCCGCUGAGGCCCUGGACCUCACUCUGGACGAGGACGCUAUCAUCAAACCUGUGCACUCGAGCAUCCUGGGACAGGAGUACUGCUUUGAGGUGACUACGGCAUCGGGAACCAAGUGCUUUGCGUGUCGCUCAGCUGCAGAGAGAGACAAAUGGAUCGAGAACCUGCAGAGAGCUGUCAAGCCCAACAAGGACAACAGCCGGAGGGUGGACAAUGUGCUCAAACUGUGGAUCAUAGAGGCCCGCGAGCUUCCAGCAAAGAAACGAUACUACUGCGAACUAUGUUUGGACGACAUGCUGUAUGCACGCACCACCAGCAAGCCCCGCACCGACACCGUUUUCUGGGGCGAGCACUUUGAAUUCAACAACCUGCCAGCUGUCCGCAACCUACGCCUUCAUCUAUACAAGGAGACAGACAAGAAGAGACGCAAGGAAAAGAGCACAUACUUAGGACUCGUAAGCAUCCCCAUCUCAAGCAUCACUGGACGUCAGUUUGUGGAGCAGUGGUACCCGGUCAUCCAGCCCAGCGUUCUCACCAAGGGAGCUGGUGUCGGAGGAGGGAAGAUCAUCAAUGCAUCUCUACGCCUCAAAUCCCGCUUUCAGACCAUGAACAUCCUGCCCAUGGAGCUGUAUAAGGAGUUUGCAGAGUAUGUCACUAAUAACUACCGCACCCUGUGUGCUGUGCUGGAGCCUGUGCUGAGUGUCAAGAGCAAAGAGGAAGUGGCCUGUGCUCUGGUGCAUAUACUUCAGAGCACAGGGAAAGCUAAGGAUUUUCUAUCGGACAUGGCAAUGUGUGAGGUAGACAGAUUCAUCGACCGAGAACACCUUAUCUUCAGAGAGAACACUCUGGCCACCAAAGCCAUAGAAGAGUACCUCAAACUGAUUGGACAUAAGUACCUCAAGGAUGCUAUAGGGGAGUUCAUAAGGGCCUUGUAUGAGUCAGAAGAAAAUUGUGAAGUUGACCCCAUGAGAAUACCACCCUCUGUAUUACCAGACCACCAAGCCAAUCUUCGAAUGUGCUGUGAAUUGGCACUCUGCAAGAUUGUUAAUUCCCAUUGUGUGUUCCCUCGAGAGCUGAAGGAAGUCUUUGCCUCCUGGCGAGUGCGCUGUGCUGAGAGGGGUCGAGAAGACAUCGCUGACCGCCUCAUCAGCGGUUCUCUUUUCCUGCGCUUCCUGUGUCCUGCUAUCAUGUCGCCAUCGCUUUUCAACCUCACCCAGGAGUAUCCAGAUGAGCAGACAUCACGCACACUCACCCUCAUCGCUAAAGUAGUGCAAAACCUGGCUAACUUCUCCAAGUUUGGAAGCAAAGAGGAGUACAUGUGUUUCAUGAAUGAGUUUUUAGAAAUGGAGUGGGGCUCCAUGCAGCAGUUCCUCUACGAGAUCUCCAACCUGGACAGUGUCAGCAAUGCAGGCGCUUUUGAGGGCUACAUCGACCUGGGCAGGGAGCUGUCUAUACUGCACAGUCUCCUCUGGGAGGUCAUGGCUCAACUCAGCAAGGAUGCCAUCAUCAAACUGGGUCCUUUGCCUCGUCUCCUGAAUGACAUCAGCAUGGCCUUGCGUAACCCACACCUCCAGAGGCAGCCCAGCCAUCAGACAGACAGAGAGCCCGGUAGACAGUCAGACAGGCUGCUGUCACGGCCCAGCUUCAACAGGGGCAUCUCUUCUGAGUUCCAAAAUCUCAUGAUGAGGGAUCUUAAUAGCUCUAUAGAUAUCACCCGUUUGCCUUCCCCUACAUCCACCGGAGGGGUCAUGCCAUCUCGUACCCAGAUGAGUUUUCAGGACCGUGACCAUCCUCAUCGAGCAUCCUCCAAAGACAUGUUUUACGUAUCACGCCCUCCCCUGGCCCGAUCCAGCCCAGCGUACUGCACGAGCAGCUCGGAUAUCACAGAACCUGAUCCUAAGGUGCUCAGUGUCAAUAAAAGCGUAUCUAUGAUGGACCUCCAGGAUUCCCGAAUGAACAGCGUGUCUAACCUGCAGUCGGUGGACAUGCUCAACUCCUCCCAGGCCUCCAUCGCCGGUAUGGGCAGCUUCGGCGGGCUGAGCAGCGGAGGCGGUGGCGGCCUGGGGUCGGGCCUGAGCAGCCAGCUGCGGGCCGGUGGGAGGUUGUCAGCUGGCUCUGGCGGCUCCAGCAUGUCCGGUGGCCUCCGGCUGAGCCAGCUGAGCCAGAUGGGCACCACCACCGACUCGCUAUCCCAGCAGCAGCAACAGCAGGCCGCCGCCAUGCGCUACCCGCUUUCCUUCCAGAAUCCCCUCUUUCAUCUGGCGACUGCUGAUGGGCCUCAACAGCAACAGCUCCAUCACCAGCACAGCCGGGCUCAACCUCCCGCACCCCUUCUCCUGGCCCCAGAGCCCGAACCCUCUCACCAGUCCUACAUCCCACAGUUCGCCCAUGGAGGGUUCUCUCGCAGUGAGGAUCUGUCCACCCUCAGGACCAGGGACGGUCACCUGGGACAACCCAGCAUCAUCCACUCACAUAGCUACAGUGACGACUACAGCAGGGCUGACUAUGGACGCAGGCAGAUGUCCAUGCAUAUGCAGGAUAAUCUCCAACAGCAACAAAUGAUGGGCAUGGCCUCCCAGACGGGAACCUCCCAUUCCUCUCUGGCCACCACGCCUCCCUCCACAGUCCAACCUAUGCGGCAGAGUUCUGUUGCUCCGCCUCCCACCCAGCGUGUCAAAUCCCAGACCUCCCAUCAGCUGUCCGUCAGUGCAGCUGCUGCACCCUCUGCUCCUGCAAAAACUAGGCCGCAAAGCGGAAACCUUCUCCAGUCGCCAGAAUCCGGCUACGGCAGGCAGCAUGGGCCCCGGCAGCUCUCCGUCAAAGACAACACUGCCCCGGGCCUGCCCCACCAGCAGAGCUCUGUCAGGGAAAGCCAGAGUCCACAGGGAACCACCAGUCAGAGCACUCAACAGUCACCACAGCAGCAGCCUCAGCAACAGCAGCACCUGCUCAAACCCACUAUGAGCAAACAGGGUUCCCAGUCUCCAUCUACCCUCAAUCCCCCAACGCCAGCCAAUGAGCGGACGGUGGCCUGGGUCUCCAACAUGCCUCAUCUGUCCGCUGACAUUGAAAGUUCUCGGAUUGACCGUGAGGAAUUCAAACUUAAGGAGUACUCAAAAAGCAUGGAUGAGUCACGCAUGGAUAGGGUACGGGAGUACGAGGAGGAGAUCAACUCCCUGAAGGAGCGCUUGAUGAUGUCCCACAAAAAGCUGGAGGAGUAUGAACGGAGGCUCCUCACGCAGGAGCAGCAGACCAAUAAGAUCCUCCUACAGUACCAGAAUCGUCUCGAGGACAGUGAGAGGAGGCUACGGCAGCAGCAAGUGGAGAAAGACUCCCAAAUUAAAGGAAUAAUUAGCAGACUCAUGGCUGUGGAGGAUGAGAUAAGAGGAGGAGCCAUCCUUGAGCCAAAAACCAGGAUUUUCGCUGAUCAGGAGGACCAGCUUUCCUCCCUGGGUUCUGCAGACCCCGGUGUGAAAACUGAAGGUGGAGGGGGAGGUGGAGGAGGUGGAGCAGUAACCAACGAUCAAGGCCUCAGAGUCUCUUCCUCGGGCAUUUCCUCUGUCAGCUCGCCCCACAAUGGAGUCCUCCCUCAAACUAUAGAUCCUCCCUCUCUACCCGCUCCUCAUCAACAUCCUAGUCAGAAUGGAGAGCUCCGUGGCAGCCAAACAUCUUCCCCAAUGACAACCUCACAGACAACUGGAACUACAGCAGCAGCAACUACAGGCAUAGCAGAAGAAGGGGGAGUAGGUCAAACACAGCACUGAGCCAAAUCAGAGAGAGAUGACCCAAAGGAAAACACCACCCCUGCCCUUUCCCCAUUUAGCAAGACAGUUCUUUGAAAAGAAAUCACCUUUUAUGUUCUUAUUGCCCAGGCAAGAGAGAGAAGAAAAGCAAGCAGGAGACGAGUAGUAAUCAUACAGCUACUGUACAGUGCUUAACACAUUAACACACAACAUAAAGGGCUCUUCAAUGGACAUUUGUUCUCUUGAUGCUCACAUGGAGCUUCAGAUAGUAUCAGUCUUGCAGGACAAGACAAUGAUACCUUACGUACUUUGAAUCUGUCAAACAAAGCAUUAACAUGCAUACCAAGAUAUGUGAAUAUGUGCUCCGUGCACUCAUCGCCUGUCUUUGAUUCCACUAGAAACAAACAUGUAAGGAUCAAGAACUAUAGAAUGUCUUGCACCCCAAAGACUUCAUAGUAGCCAUUAGCAAAGAAGUGCUAGAAGCUAGAAGCUAGCUUACAGUAACCCUUGACUCCCAUGGAUGUAGAUGCAUUAAUAUAUCCUGAACACGCCAGGCUACAGUUUGUUUUAGUAGGAAUGUGGCAGUGUGGUCUGGCUUUCAUAGUGCCUUUGAGUGUUUUUCCAACAGGGUUUUACAAUACAGUUAACAGACGGCGAUCAAGUUGGCUUUGCAAGUAAGGGAAACAAUAUAUGGGCCGAAAACAGAGAUUCAAAGACACAAGAUCAAGCAUCAUAGCGGUUUGAGUGAUGAGAGACAUUUCUGGGAACUUCUUUCUUCUUUUCAAUCUAAGGGACGUCUUGUUUUUGGACUGAGCUCGUGCAGUUUUUCUCUUCUCAAUCUCAGAACCGAUUUGUGAUAAACUGGUGCUAAACAGAAACAAAUGGUGCCAUUUUCCAAGUCAGCUGUCUGUGUCUGCCAUAGCACUGCCUCUUUCAUGGUUCACUCACUGUCUUUUCUCUCUCUCUCUUCUGCAGUUUGUCUUUGACAGGACUUUUUUUCCCCCUCCCAAUAUGUUCCGUGUGCGUCCGUCUUUGUUCUUUGUGCAUCAUGUUGUGUUAUGCUUAAAUGGGGGUGUUGGGGUUUCCAUAUCUGUUUUUGGGUUUUUUUGCACUCCUCCAAUCUCUGAUUUUAAUCACAUUUAAUAAAAGCAGCUCCCAGGCUCAGAAUUGAUGGAUCAACUAUUGCACUUUUGCCUCCAAAGGCUAUCUGUAGUUUACAACUAGCACUAGUAAUUUUAAUACGUUGAAAGACAGGGAUGAAUGAAGUGUAUUCAGUGUUUGUUUGUUUUUCUUUCACUUAAAUUAUGUUGAUUCUUUGUGUUUUUCUAGAAGAUGAUUAUUUUGCUUAUUUCAGACACAGCCUUUAAUAAUUUAUCUUGCAAUUUUCACCAAAACAAAUAAAUAGUAAAAACAGGUUUGUAGUUGGUUUGAGCAUACACUACAUUUUACCCCAUUUUUACUUUCAAAUUUGCCAAACACAAAGAGGAUUUUGUUUCCUUACAAAUAUCUGUGAAAAGACCAUUUCUAGGUUUGCUAAGCCUGCCGUUAAGUGCCUGGGAUAGAUGCAUUGAGUAUCCUUUGGCCAGUAGACUAGCUAGUCAUCAACCAAAUGCACCUUAUAAAGCCUUGCGUAACACAAUAAAAUAAAUUAUAUCCCUGAUUCUACAAAUUAUUAUAUAUUAUAUUAUCUUAUAUAUUACUGUGUGUAGUUUGCUUAACUUGAGGUUUCUUUUUUUAAAUGAAAAGAGACCUGUUGUUGAAAACAAAGCAAAAAAUAAAAAUAAAAAAUUUAGACAAUUGUUUGAUGUACUUUGCAAAUGAACUCAUGAUUUGAUUUCUCAUGUGUCCAAUGCUGAAAACACAUCUUUGAAAUGUUUGCAACAUGUAUCCAUAUUCCUUCAUUUUGUCUAUGAACUGUCUGCUGUAAGGUUUGUCUCGAUGUGAAUUUGUUUUUGUCUUUGUAGCCUCACACACCGGUGUCGCUCUGCAACAACUUGGCUUGUUUUAAAGUUCAAGAAGUGUUUCACAUCAGCCAUUUUUCACUUUAGACAGACCACAACAUUUUUGUUUUUGCCGUGUCAAAGGUCAAAAUGGCCUGCAGUGGUUAAGCUUAGAUUAGACUUCUAAUGAUAGUGAAUGUUGAACCACCAAAUGUUUAUAAUGCUAGCAGUCUUAUGCAGGGAAAGAUUGUCUAUUUAGGGCUACUUCUUUCUUGUGAAUUUACUUGUGUGGUGAAUGUUGGAUUCAAAGCGGGCUAGGUUAUGAACAUCAGUGUCUUUUCUGAGACGUGAUAUGAUCCGUGAUUGAGAAAUUAACAUUGCUGUGAAAAUACCUCAGUGACUCAGGUAAACAAGCAGUUGCCUCAGAGCUGAACACAAAAACUAUAGAAAAUAAAAAGAGACGAGUCCAGCUUUGGAAAGACUGCCACCAUGCAGAUACUCGGUCAAUAGCUAUGCUUUAAUAGCACCUGAUCAAGCACCCUCCCCCGUUUCUUCUCUCUCUCUGUCUCCCUUUUUUCCCCCCCAGCCACUCUCAAAGCUUCAUCGAGGACAAUGUGGAACCUAAUUGGCUGAUGCACCAUCGGCAGUCUGCAGGGUGGCAUGGCCAAAUGUC